AUGCAAACUAAGAAAAGAAUUUCUGGAAGAAAUGCUUCAAGAGAGCAUGCAAGUCCCAGGAUUUCAAGAGCUCAGAAGAAACUGUCGGAAAAUGUGCAAGUAGCUGAAAAGAAAGUUUCAGAGCUGAUUACAUCUUCGACCAGGAAGCAGAAAUGCACCCUUCCAAAGAAAAGUCAGGAGCCUAUUGUGGCAACAAAUUUGAAUACUAGAUUCAACUCGAUGCAUCAUAAGGCUUCCAAUGCUUCUACCGAUUGUGAUGUGGUGGAUCCUAAGGAUUGUAAUGAAGGAGCUGCUCAAUGUGUGUUGCAAACUAUAUUUUCUCCUGCUUUUCACAUAUCUAAAGUUGCUGGAGGAGAAAUUUCUGGCGGGGUUGACUUCCUCGAACUGUUUCGGACCGGAGACUCUCGGGUUGAUAUGCUGGAUGGUCAUGUUACACAAGAAACCUUUAAAUCCUCUUUUGGAGAACACAAUGAGAGCACAGUAACAUCACUCAACACAACAUGUCAUAGUGUCCCAGAAGUGGAGAAAAAUAUAUCGGCCAAAAACUCAUAUGCGGAUAGCUAUGGUGAUCAGUUCUCUACUGAUGCAACUACUGUGAAUUCUUGUAGUAUUGCAGCUUCAAAUGGAGUUGGUCUUCCUUCUGAAGUUUCAACUAUAUAUCUUGCGAUGAAGAACUCAAAACUGGAAUGUGUUGAUGAGCACGGUCAAGAUUCUAUGGCAACUGAUGUUUGCAUGGAGGAAGAUGAUUACGAGGAGUUUGAUGACUUUGACCCUUAUCUAUUUAUAAAGAACCUGCCAGAUUUGUCAUCAGUAGUCCCCACUUUUCGGCAUAUGCUGCUACCUAAACAGACACGGAGUUGUCCUCCUACGACUCUUGUUUUGGACCUGGAUGAGACACUGGUGCACUCCACACUUGAACCUUGUGAUGAUGCAGACUUCACGUUUCCUGUCAACUUUAACCUCCAGGAGCACACAGUCUUUGUUCGAUGCCGUCCUUACCUCAGAGAUUUCAUGGAGAGAGUUUCUAGUCUCUUUGAGAUCAUAAUAUUUACAGCUAGCCAAAGUAUUUAUGCAGAACAGCUUCUAAAUGUGCUUGAUCCAAAGAGGAGGAUAUUCCGACACCGUGUUUUCCGUGAAUCCUGUGUUUUUGUUGAGGGUAACUACCUCAAGGAUUUGUCAGUUCUUGGUCGUGAUUUGACGCGUGUUAUUAUAAUUGACAACUCUCCCCAGGCAUUUGGCUUCCAAGUAGACAAUGGUAUCCCAAUUGAGAGCUGGUUUGAUGAUCGCGCGGAUAAAGAGUUGCUUUCACUACUUCCAUUUUUGGAGAGCUUGGUUGGGGUUGAAGAUGUGAGGCCACUGAUUGCGAAGAAAUACAAUCUUCGACAGAAAAUUGCUGCAGCUGUUUACCCUCAGUUGAAUUCAAGUAGAGGAGAUCCUUUUGAAAGGUAG